GGGACGUUCCUUUCUCUACAUCUGUGUGCAUGUGUUUGAAUUAUCUGCACGCUGCUCUUCAUUUUUCACUAAUAUCGAGACAGCAGAGCUCCUAUCAGACAUGUCUGUCACUGAGAUGUUCACUUACAUCCAGGGCUUCCUGAGCGCUGACCAGGACGUCAGAGAGGAUAUCCGGAAGGUGGUGCAGGUGUUGGAGCAGACCGCCAGAGAAAUACUGACCGUUCUCCAAAGUGUUCACCAACCAUGUGGAUUCAAAGAAAUUCCCAGUAAAUGUACAAAGGCACGGGAGUUGUUCGGCACAGUCAGGACACAUAUCGCAGACCUCAAAACCAAAUUUCCCGUGGAGCAGUAUUACAGGUUUCAUGAACACUGGCGGUUUGUCCUGCAGCGUUUGGCUUUCUUGGCAGCUUUUGUUGUCUACCUGGAGACUGAAACUCUGGUGACUCGAGAGGAGGUGGCCAAGAUACUGGACAUCCAGGUGGUGCGAGAGAAAGGCUUUCACCUGGAUGUGGAGGACUACCUGGCAGGUGUGCUGAUCAUGGCCAGUGAACUGUCACGGCUAGCGGUGAACAGCGUGACGGCAGGAGACUACACCCGGCCGCUGCGCAUCUCCAACUUCAUCAACGAGCUGGACUCGGGCUUCCGGCUGCUCAACCUGAAGAACGACCCGCUGCGGAAGCGCUACGACGGCCUCAAGUACGACGUGAAGAAGAUCGAGGAGGUGGUGUACGACCUGUCCAUCCGCGGCUUGGCCAAGGAGGCCGAGACGGGCGGGGACAAGUAGAGCUCGGAUGGGAGACGAUCGGCCGACGGGAGACGGAGGAGGGGCCGGCGGCUAACCCGGACUGGGACCGAUGCACGGCUGCUGCAGAUCGGAGACCUUACCCCACCUGGAAGGCGAGACCCAGGGAUCUGACUGAGAGGCCCCAGCAGCCUAGGACAGACUGUGUAUGUGUGUGUGUGUGUGUGUGUGUGUGUGUGUGUGUGUGUGUGUGUGAACGAAGUGCUUGGGAUGAAUGGCAGUCUGUCAGGAGAGUGGAAGAGGUUGACACCCUCGUUCUGAGGGGUAACAUCUAAGGUUCGGUUUGUUUCUGUUUUUUUGGAAAUCUGUGUUGGAUUCAUGUGUUAUUGUUUCACUCAGUUUGCAACAGACAUCUUACAUAUAAUUUCGCACAGUAUAUCGAUGUUUAAUUCAUUCAAGAAGAGAGCCGGAGUUCGCUCGGAGCGCAGAGCUUAUUUCUGUGGUUAUUUGUCUUUUAUUUGCAAAAAAAAAACCCUGAAAUGUAUUUUUGUUGUUGACACCUGGUUAUAUUUUUUAAGGCUCUGAAUUAUUGUCAAAAAUGAAUGCUGGUGCCUCAGUUAUGAACACAAUAUUUGAUGCAGCAAUCAGAUGGUGGAAUUUAGAAUACAAAUUCAAGAAAGUAACAAGAAUUUAGGAAUAAUUAUUGCAUUUUUAUCAGAUUUUUGAUAAUAAAAAUUGCCUUAAUUUGGAUUUUGGUCAUUAGUGCUCACACCAAAUUUUUAUAAAUGAGACUUGAGGAGAAGUAGAGCCAAAGAAACAACAAGGGUGCACUUUAGAGUAUAGAAAGCUAGUUAGGCUCCAUGUUUGUCAUUUUUUCCAACAGUGCCAUAAAUGUUUGUCGAGCCAUUUUAAUAUGUUUUGAUGUCAGGUGAUGAAGGUUUCUCUGGACAUUCACGAGCAAAUACAAAAAUAUUCACAAUGUUGUAUACUGCAUGGAGUAUGUGUACCGUUUCCCUUUAUUUCUCAACUUAAAAAAAAAAAAAGUCUAGAAUGUUUGUUUCUAUCCGUCUGCACCCGAGUUUGAGUUUUCUUCUGUACUGUAGCGCAGCUGGAUUGUAUUUUCUAGAAAUAAUUCCCUUUCGCUCUUCGCCAUCGUGUGCUUUUGUUUCCAGCAGUGAUAAUAAUUGCAUUCCACCUGUCCUGUCUGUUCUGUAAAAUAUAUUU